AUGGCGCUGCCGCCAAUCCACAAUAUGGAGGAACAAGCUCCCGAACCCCAAGGUCCUACCCAUACAAACAAUACAACCUCAAAUAGAGAAAAACACCGUCGUCCCAAAUCUCGAGGCUCUACCGCCAGUUUGCAGUCUGUAGGUGUUGGAAGCGCUUUUCAGCCAGCGCCGCGACAAGACGACUCGACAAUGCCGUUGGACCACAACCACAACCACAACGGCUUUAUGGUGCAGCAUGGCCACCCACUGGCAACUGCGAUGUACCCUCACAAUCCGGAGGAAAUGCUCAUGCAUUAUCAACAGAACAUGGCCGCGCAGUAUCGACAAAACACGAUAGAAGGCAUUCCUCCACACGAGAUGAGACCGAUGUCGCAACAAGCAUUCCAAGAGAUGCCACCCUUCCCUAUGCAAUACCCUCAUCCUCCAUAUGCCGUGCCUCCACAACACAUGCAUCACAUGCGACAUCAUUCCGAACAAUUCGAAGGCUCACCUGCGCCGGAAGAUUCAAACGCAGAAAACGGUGGGGCGAAGCGAAGAAAGGGCACCGCUUCCAGCGUUGCAAACGAUCAGGAACUACGACGAUUGCUUGCGCAGUACCAGGGAAAGAGCCUUAAAGAAGUAGCCGCCGAGGUUCAGAAAAAUGAAGGCUCUGGGGGCAAGUCAGAAAAGGCCAAGCAAGUCUUUGCCAUGUUAUGGCUCCAAGAAAACUGCCAGCGGUCCUCCAACUCGGUUCGUCGAGACCGUGUGUUUACGCGAUAUACCGAGCGUUGUGGUAAUGAGCGAGUACCGACGCUGAAUCCAGCAUCAUUUGGUAAACUCGUUCGUAUCAUUUUCCCCAACGUCCAAACGAGGAGAUUAGGCGUACGUGGUGAAUCCAAAUAUCAUUAUGUUGACCUUUCGUUGGUUGUCGAUGAUGACGAGCGACCUUAUGGUUCUAUACUGGAGCGACCCAGCACGGCAAACGGAGUUCGGCAUGAACGACAGGGCUCUCAUGUCGAUGUGACCAGAACGUUCAAAAGCCAUAUUACUCCACCUCUCGAACGCCCUGCUUCUCGAGCCGCCAUGGAGACAGCCGAGUUCCCAGCUCCAAACGUUUCCUUUAUAUCCCGUCCCGACGAUGUCGUUGUUGCUGAAGACGAUCUCCCUGAGAUUGAGAAGCCGCAUACCCCAAAGCUGGAUUGUAAACAUAUCAACACACCAAUUAUACGAUUACCGGUCAAAAUGAUGCCCGCAAAUCUUGUUGCUGUUUUGCCAUCUGUCCGCCCGAAUCUACCUGCUAGCAUGGCGACAUACCUGGGUAUGCCAACACCGAACUCGCUUUCUCAAAUAUCAACGGCAGCUCAGGAGCCACCUAUCGAAUUCCCCGACAUUCAUCCUUACCUAGAAGGUACCACCUAUGAUGCCUCAAUAGCAAAGGCCCUGUUCCACCUCUAUCGAUCGUAUUGUAUCGAUGUCAUCGACGCCUUCAGAAAGUGCAAAGAAAAACCAUUUUUCAACCACCACUCGGCGUUCAAUGGCAAAAUGACUGUGCCCGUGUCCAAGCUCUUCUCAAUGGAGUGCCUGGCACCUUGGAUACAAGAGUGCGACAUGCGCAUGUACAAACAAAUUGUACGCUUCAUUGCGCCCUUGGCCGUACAAAACGUGCCUGACGUCGUCUGGAACGUGUUCGAUCGGAUAGGCUCCAAGCUUGUUGGCCACCUUAUUUCAGCGUUUGAAGAAAAAUGUCCACUACAUGUUGUCGUGGCAAAGACCGUCCCAGCUGCAAGAUUUGCCAAUCUUUUGAAGAAGCUCAAAGGUGCGAACGCGGCUACGCUACAAUUAAGCCGCAUGCUUGAGGAUCCCCAGCAACGCACACAGAUGUGGCUCGAUCUGAUGGCCAUGGUAGAUCCAGAGCGUCUGCUUGAAGAGAGUAUGCCCCCCCCGGAGAGCUUCGACAAACUGCAGGAUAUUUUGAAACACGACAUGAGACCAUUGAUAUCACCUCUUGAUGGUGAACUCACACGUGCCGCGGAAGACGACCCAACGAGUGCGUAUGUGAACUUCCUCAAUGACAGUUCGGAUUUUGGCUUCGGAAUUCUAGCCUCUGACAAUGAUGGAGAACCCACACCUCUACUGGAGAGAUGGAUCAGCUGGUUGGAGCAGUUGCCACAACUCUUCCACGGACACCACCCACAAUGUAUGGUUGACUGGCAUUCUAGGCUGUGGAGUAGUCUUAUGAUGCAGAUGGGACAAAACGGUGCCCACAGCUACCAGUCGUGGUGGUUUGUGGAAUCCUUUGCGACGCAAAUGCUUGGCUGGAUGACCCAAAUGGAAGGUUUGCUCCUAGACGAAGAGAGCCAGAAGCUUGCGGAUGCAAGGGAAAGAGAAAAGAGCAAGGAGAUUGACUCUCAGUCGACUCUGUCUCGUGGCAUCAAACGAAAGAGGAGCGAAGAUGAUGCCGAUGGAGAGAAGGCACGCUCUGAGAAUGCCUCGCGGGCUGUGAAGAAAUUCGCGCAGACGCCACCGACUCCUCCAACCCUGCCACCGGUUCAAUCUGUUGAGCAAGCUCCUCAGGACGUCGAUGACGACGCGACAGAUGCGGAUCUUGAUGAGUUGCGACAAGGUGGCCCUUUAGAUCUGCCUAGCUUUCAUACCGGCCUCAGCAGUCCAGUCAAACGACCAAAUGGUAACCAUACCCUUGACGAUAGCGGGAUCGAUCUUGGACUGGAUAUCGAUGUCGAAGCCGAGAAAGAAGCACGAAAAUUCAACAAGAGAGACUGGCUCCUCAGCAGCGACCCAGCGGACCCGCCUGUAGGGCUGGGAGUCAUAGUGUAA